AGAUCUUCGCCGAACACAGCUAUUCCAGCCCCGCGUUCGAACUGACUCUAUUUUUUUUCUGGCUUGGCUAGUGGACGUUGAUAAUUCAUAUACGGACUACCCGCUUUUGUCUUGAGCCUAGUCAUACCUCAUCUCUUCACUCAACGACGCCCUAUCUAACAUUAACAUCAAACAAACCAUCAACUUUACUACACAACAUGGCCGGUCCUGGAGGUGGUCCUUCUCGUCGCAGUCAUACUAAGUCAAGGAAAGGCUGUCGUACGUGCAAGAAGAGGCAUAUCCGCUGUGAUGAAGCAUUCCCACAAUGUCGAAAUUGUACCAAACAUCAGGUCAGGUGUGAUUACAUGGAUAGUCCCAGUGUAUCAUCACCAGGCGGUUUCGAUGGUACAGCCAGCGCCAAUCUGCUCUGGACUAAAGAGAUAGAACAAACCGUGGAUAUCUGGCUGCGAAAUGGGGAGUUCCCAUUCCCGGAGCUCAGAGUGUAUCCACAGCCCCAGUGGCAUUCAUACUCAAAGACGGAGCUUCGUCUUAUACAUCACUUGUGCUCGAUAACCAAUGAGAUGUUACGAAAUCGGUCAACAAAGUUGACAGUAUGGACCGAUUGUCUCCCACAAGUGAUUUCCCUGGGCGCCUCGCAUGCGCAUGUCAUGCACGCGAUGCUAGCAUUCUCGGCGUCCCAUCUAGCCUGGAUAUCUCAAUCAUCGGAAACGCGGCAUCUGGCUGGCUACUACGCUAGUCUUGCACUACGAGAUGUCCAGCAAGAGGUUGGCAACGUCAAUCGAUCGAAUGCGGAUGCUUUAUUAGCCUCAUCCAUGUUGUUGCAAUGGGUAGCAACAGACUGGCGUGGGUGGUCUACCCUUGUGGCAAAUUCAAGUCACAUUAUGAAUGCAAUGCAAGCAUGGAAGAAUGAAUCCAUAUUCGCGGAUUACCUAAACGAUGCAAGCUCGAGAUAUUCACAACAAUACAUGAAUCCAAACGGAACCGUCGUAACCCCUGACACUCACCGUGACCACCUCAACACCCUACAACAUAUCCACAGCUGCCUUCGAUACCUUCUUGCAUAUCUCAAUCACUACGACCAGGAACGAAAAUGGGUCGAGCAACUUCUUGGAUUCAUUGAGCGUCUACAAAAUUCUACACCUGCUCAAGCACUUGACGAACAGUUCAGCCAACUUUACGCCCUCCGGAAGUGGCUGUUCUGGGUUCCCAUCUCACUGCUCGCUGUUCGCCGCAAUGACGCCAUGGUUCUCACUGUCAUUGCCUACUUCUACGCCACAGCGCUGGCUCUCGAGCCCAUGUUUCCAGACGUAGGACAUGCCUUCUGCGCAUCUUUCGCUCUACAACCACUCGAAGCAAUCCUCGCAACUAUCGCAACCUACCAGGUCGAAAACGCUUACGACGCUGCUGUGUCCGCAGCAGUAACAUGCAUUGGCUUUCCCAGAGAAACUGCAGCAAGCUAUAGAGCCCGGCGCCAGCGUGAUAAUCUUGGUGCACUGCAUACUUCACCCUCAUACUACGAUCCCAGCGCCGCACAGCUCAAUCUUGCAGGGCCAUUCGAUCUCGUAGGCUCUGGACCCUCCUUGUCCCCUGCUGCACCAUCGCCCCUAAGCUACUACGGCCAGUCCAAUCCCUACGACUCGCGACCAACGAGCAUCGACUACAGUGGCAUGUCCAUCAGCAGCAACAGCAUCACCAACAGCGCCGGUUACAUCUCGCCACAUCUCCCGCCUACUGCGCCCGCGCUCUCAUAUCCGGUAUCGCAGGAAGAGGUGGCAGCAGUAGCAGCAGCAGCAGCGUACACGCCCUACCCCGGCGUACAGCUUGCUUACAGCGGGUUCGUGUCCACUCCCGCCGUCUGGACGUAAGCAGAGAAUAGACGCUGAACGAUGUUUUUGUGUUGCAGGCACCGCCUCUCGCCCGCGCGCCAUGCUGCUACUGCUGCUGCUGCUACUACUCCUGCUACUCCUGCUAUUACCAUGCAGCUGCCGUCGAUAAUGGACCAGAUGC